UCAUUCAUUCAUCAGCUGUCAGUAGUCAAUCAAAAAUCGGCAAUCAGAAAUUAGGAAAUUAUGAAUAAAAACUAGAAGUGAAACAAAAUGGAAAUGAAAUAAAUGUUGUUGUAUUUCCUAAGCAAAUAAACGUUCAUCAAGAAUAAUGAAUGUAACAUUAACAAGUUUGGAAGCAUUAAUUCUUAAGGCUACGCAUGAAACUCUGCCAUGUCCGGAUGCAGCUGCACUAGAAGCAUUCUGUACGAUAAUGCGGGAUUCUGCCGAGGGUCCGCAGUGGGCCGCGCAGGCCUUGGCAGCCCGCAUACACUCGCAGAACCCUCGAGAAGCAAUGCUAGCUCUGACAAUGUUGGACCGGUGCAUGCGCCGCUCCGACGCUGGUUUCCAUGCUGAAGUCGGCAAAUUUAGAUUCUUAAACGAAAUGAUAAAACUAGUGUCUCCUAAAUAUUUUGCAGAUAGAACCGCACCUGAAGUGAGAACAAGGGUUUUACAGUUGCUACAUGCAUGGUCAAUAGAAUAUCCAAAAGAGUCAAAAUUCAAAGUAGCCUAUGAUAUGCUUAAGAACCAGGGGGUAGUGAAGGAGACACCACCACCAUUGCCUCCCGAGGACUCGACUCCCACUCCCAAGAUGAGGGCUAAGAAUGCCAUAUUUGAGGAUGAAGAGAAAUCUAAGCUUCUCCAAAAGCUGCUGCAGAGUAAGAAGCCAGAAGACCUUCAACAUGCUAAUAGACUUAUCAAAACUAUGGUGCGAGAGGAGGAGCGACGCAGUGAAGCCAACAGCCGGCGGGCGCAGGAGGUGGGCGCAGCGCUGGACAGCGCGGGGCUGCUGCGCGACAUGCUGGUGGCCGCGGGCAGCGCCUCCGCAGACGAGGAGCAGCUCAUACACGAGCUGCACGCCAGCUGCAAGCGCCUCCGCCCCGUGUUGCAGCGGCUGGCGGCCGCCGAUGCUGACGCUGACAACCUUAGUGACAUUUUACAUGCAAAUGAUGUGCUAGAUGAAGUAUUUGAACAAUACAAUGCUUUUGUGGCAGACAAAGAGGAGAAAGUUAAAUCCCAGCCUUUAUUAACACCAGACCCGGCCAAUGAAAGUCUGUUGGACUUCGCUGGAGCAAACCUUGGUAAAGGCGAUGGUGAUGUGGUCCAAGACGUGAAGAAAACUAAGAAUGUUAUUGAUGAACUGGGAGAUAUAUUCUCAAACGAGUCCAGUGGCAGCAUCGCGGAGCCUUUGAAACCUGUGAGCCUUAUACCAAAUGAAGAUGUGGAUCUAUUAGGUGAAAAACCGAAAGUGGAAGCAUGGAAUGAACUGGACUCUCUCGGAGAGCAGUUGAUGAAGCAGUCAUUACCAGAAAGUUCCAAACGAGUAGAGAGUUUUAAUGGAAAAAUCGCAAAGAAGAUACCGAUGAAUGCACUAGAAAAGUCGCCUAAAAAGGAAACACAGAUGUUAAAUAACGGCACAAUGUUUGAUUUAGAUUUCUUUACGAAAAAAUCUGAAGAAAAACAAUCACCAGCCGCGCCGACCCCUUUAUCUCCCACUCCUGAUGACGUCAUGGUCGACAUCACAGAUGGCGCCACUUGCAUCAACAAUAACGUUGAAAGCCCUCUUGACACGAUUCUCGAUUUAGGAUUACCUUUAGAUGAUAAUAGAAAAUGUGAUAACGUUGAAUCGCCUGUAGCGGAUAAGGAAAUGGAAAGGAAGGAUAGUAUAAAGAAAUCUGGUGAUGUGAAGCCUUUGACUGACAUAAAUGUGACGCUGCAAAGUGUGCAGCCGAGUUCAGUGCCUCCGAUGACUGUGUUUGAGGAGGAGGGGGGGCUCACUGUGGUGUUACACUUCUGUAAGGACAAGCCGAGGCCCGAUGUCAACGUGAUUGUGGUGUCUACGACUAACAGAAAUAGUUCCCCUAUUGAAGAUUAUAAGUUUCAGGGUGUUGUGCCGAAGGGUUGCAAGAUCCGCCUGCUGCCGGCGUCGGGCUCGGCGCUGCCGGGACGGCCGCCGUUCCAGCCGCCGCCGGCGCUCACGCAGCUGCUGCUGCUGGCGCGGCCUCCGGGCCUCGCAGCUGUGUGGCUGCGGUUCGUGCUCACCUACACCUGUGACGACGACACCUGCUCAGAGAUAGGGGAGGUCAACGAACUGCCUCUCGACGAUAUAUAGUCUUAAAGUAUGUAUCAUAUGUAGUAUAUGACGCGAUAGAUUAUGCUGUGUCGGCGGCGUCUUAUUGGUCUUCACUAAUAUCAUUCGCCGAGUCGACACGCUAAAAAGGAGUGUUAACACUGCCAUGGGAACAGGUUUCGAGAUCUCGUUCGUAAUAUGAUUGAUACGUAUGUUACGUUCCAUAAGACAUCUGUCUUAAGAUCGUUCAUGCCUUAAAGAGCUUGCUUAAUUUUUAUUAUUGAUGUAUAGAGUUGCACUAUUACGAAAUCGCCAGAUUAUAUUUGGAGCAUAUGUUUACUUUAUUAAAAUGAUUAUUUUAAUGAGAUAUGUGACUCAAUCUAUUUGAAGCAAAAUAUCAAAUAUUUAGGAUUACCAAAGUAUCGUUCGAGAACUAAGAAUCCUAGAAAUAGUUCCUGUCGCAUUAUCGUCUACCAAAAUGUUUAAUCUUAGUUUCAUUAGCGACUUAAUUAUUAUUAGUGCGACUGAGAGAUGUAUAUUUUAUCUAGUCUGUAUCCGCGUAAUGGAUAUUAUCAUUCUUACAUUCCAAAAAAUAUUCAGGAAUCUUUUAUUUUUUAAUUAGCUAAAAUUUAUAUUUUUAUUAUACUUAUACAUGACUUGCGAAUCUGAAAAAUAUUUAGUUAUGAAUAUUCUCAGUAUUAUCAUUGUAUGAAUGUGGCAAUAUUUGGUUGAUUCUCAUAGAAAAUAGUAUAAGUACUUAAAUCAUUAGACAUUAAAAUAUAUUGAUUAAUAAAAAUCUGUUAUCAAUUAUCAUAUAAAAUGCGACCAAGAAUUCACAGACAGUAAGCAAAGCGAUCUCAAGCUACAUAAUGUAUCUCAUUCUUUUGUUAUUGUCUUCCAAACAUAUAUUACGCCUCCCAAUUCUUAGUUGAUUUGUUUUUUUUUUAUUUUGCUAUUAAAAUAAAUAAACCAUAAUCAGCUUAAAAUUCGUUGAUAUCUAUAAUAAAAUAAAAGAACACACAUGUAAUAUUUCUGUUCACAAUAGUGAAAAAAUAGUAUGACAUGAGAGUCCAGAGCGCUGUAUAUACAAGUUGCAUUUAAUUGUACAAAAUGUGCUAUUGCUGUGCAAUACAUGAAGGUGACCGACCUACAAUUUGUUAUAUUCUAAAUAGCUAUGAUAACAAUGUCUUAGUGUUGUGUUGUCUAUUUA